UUUGACUAUUAUCGAGCAAGUUUAACAGAAUGUAGAUUAAAGUGUCAAAAUGUUUCGCAUAUUACGUCAUCGGGCACCGACGCGCUUUCGGAAUUAAAAGUUUUUGAAGCAGUUUUUAAAAAGGCGGAUUGCACGCGGAGAUGCAAGUUGGAUAAACUGGGAGGGAGGAGUGAUCGGAUAGACGAUGCGGUGACCGAUAAGUUUUUGAGCAUGACACCGUAUAGCUACCUCCAGUUUGCUUAUUACAAAAGUGGUUUAUAUGAGCAAGCUGUGGCUGCAGCAUAUACUUACAUUCAGUGGCAUUCGGACGACGAUGUAAUGCAGAAUAACUUGGAUUAUUACAGGAAUAUGCAUGGGAUAGAUGAUAGCCAGCUUGUCAAUUUAGAAGAAAAACUUCACCAUAAAUAUUUUUUAGAGGGAUAUCAAGCCCAUCACGAUGAAAAGUGGCAUGAAGUAAUUAAAAACAUGGAACUUGCGCUGACAGAGUACUGGAAAGCCGAUACUCAGUGCAGAGCCCUUUGUGAGGGAAAGUACGACAAUCGGGAAUUCAUGGAUCUAUAUGAGGCUAUUGCAUAUCAUUAUGCGUCAACUUUAUAUUGCAAGAACCAAUGUGAAAGUUGGCUUUCUCGGAUCAAUAGCAAGCUUGUGGAUGAUUACCUUGCAAGUCACUUCCAUUUCCUGCAAUUUGCAUAUUAUAAAGUUGAUGAUGUCCAGAAUGCUGUGAAGAGUGCCCUCUCGUUUCUCCUCCUCCUCCCCGAGGACGAGGUGAUGCUUCAGAACAUUGCCUUCUACAAAAGCAUGAAAGAUGCCGACCUGGAGUUCGUCCCGAGGACCGACGUGUCCCAGUACCGCCGCCUCGUCGAGAUGGAAAACAAGAUGCUGGAAUUUGCCAAGAAGAACUUCUGGGAGGAGGACGCUGAAGAGUUCUUGUAUCCUGAUAAGGACCUUGAUGUUGAGGAUGAGAAGGGCCCAGACUAUCUUGGGGCUGAGCCCAUUGACCCCAACGAGGUCAACCUUAAGAACGACGAGACCCGGAUGGAGGAGGGGGACGACGAUGACGCGUUGAUCAAGAGCGCGCGGGAGACAAUAGCCCACGAGACGGAGCCAGGUUCUGCCAAGUACUCCCGGGAUCUCAACGGCAAUGGAGAUGCGGAGUAUCAGGGAGGAGGCGGAGGCAGCGGUGGUGGAGAGGUGAGGAGCAAGAUUCUUAACGGGAUGAAGAAGGUCAUGCAGAGCAUCAUGGGUUCCACGGAAGAAGAGAGCGAAAGGCUCCUGGUCCAGCUCGCCAAGGAUCCAAACUCGGUGGAUGCCAAGGAGAAGAUCAGGGUGGCCAUCGAGAAAAUGAUGUCCACCGAGAACGCCGACAAAGCCCUCCCUCGGGAACAGCUGAAGAAGAUGAUGAAGGGCUUGACUCAAGGGUUGCUGAUGGAUGAUGCCACUGUGAAGGAUGGAGUGGACAGGAAAGAAAACUUUGACCCUGUCGCGGUGGAGACGGAGAAGAAGGUGUUGGUGUUUCCGAGUGAACUAGAAGGUAGGUUGCUUGAUGAUAAGGAUUAUGAUCCGAUGAAGGGGCUGGAUCGGAAAGAGUACUUUGAUUGGGUUAACCCUCCAGGAUUUGAGGCCGGUGCUCCCGGGUCACCUGAAGCAGAUGAGGAGCAAGAGGAGGGGGUCGAUGAUGUUGACAUUGGUUACCAUGCCGAUAUUGACGAAGAUGAUGAAAACCUCGCUGAUAGAGAAUAUUACCCCUCUGAUGAAGACGCUGGUAACCGUGACGAUGUACAGGAGGAAUUUUGCUUGUCUGGGAAAGAUUGCACAGGCACUGGCAACCAGCGAACACAAUACUAUGAAAAUCAGCAAACAGAUUCUGAACAAUUAGAAACAAAACAUGAAUUUGAGAGACAUGAACUGGAGGUUGAGCAUAACCAUGGUGAUGAUAAUACUCUGGAAGAGGAUGAAGUUGAUGGAGAAGUGACGGAAGAAGAUGACGAUGAGAAGAAGAGAGAAGAGGAUGACAGGAAAACAGAAGAAAGCAGAGAUGGAAUGAAGAGCAGAGAACAUGAUGAAGGGAUGGAAAAAGAAGAUCAUGGGGACGAAGGGGAAGAAAAUUUCAGCAGAGAUGAAGGUGACAGAGAAGACGACCGAUAUCUCAAUGAAGAAGGGGAAGAGGUGGAAGAAGAAUAUGAUUGGAGUUGCGAUGACGAUGACGGAGAAUGCCCUGAAGAGGACGAAGAGGAGGUAGAGUGGUACUACAAGCCUCGAGACCUGACCCCUUCUGAGAGAAAGGUCCAAGAAGUCCUCGAUGGGGAUGUCUCCAACGAGACUCAGAAGUGGAUGAGCGAGAUGAUGAAGAUUGAUGAGAACGCUUACUUUCUCUUGAACGAUCUACCGGAUCUAGAUGUGAUAAUGACAGACAAGCAGUUGAAUGGUUCGAACCGUGUGGUCGCGGACGGGCUAGCCGCCGACCAGGAAUGCGGAACUCUGCUCCAACUUUUGGAUGGUGAGGGGAAGGAAGGGAAUGGAUACAAAGGAAAGACAAGCCCUCAUACGAAGUAUGAAAACUUUGAAGGACUCACUGUUAAAGAUGCUGUUGAUGCUGCCAGUGCCGGGCGAAUACCCCUGCUCUAUCCCACGGUCUACAUGCAUCUUGCUGAACGGUCACGCCAGUUCGUCCAACGCCAUUUCAAUCUCAAAUCCCACCUUUUCUUCUCGUAUACCCAUCUCGUUUGCCGGUCCGCCGGGCCAGGUAUCUUAACGGCAUAUUCUUCCAUCAGACGCAAGGAUCUGAGUCAUCCCGUCCAUGCCGAUAACUGCCAGCUGGACCAUAAGGGUUUCUGUCACAAGAGACUACCGGCAUUCGUGUGGAGAGACUGGAGUGCAAUCUUGUAUCUGAAUCACGACUUCGAAGGAGGGGAGUUCAUUUUCGCGAACUUUAACAACACGCCACAGGCCCAGGUCAAUCCAAAGUGCGGACGUCUUGUCGGCUUCUCGGCGGGGUCAGAAAACCUACACGGCGUUAAGGGGGUGAUCCAUGGGCGCCGCUGCGCCCUCGCAAUGUGGUACACGCUCGACCCACGGUUCAGGGAAGUCGAAUUCUUCAACGCAGCUGAUCACCUAAACAUGUUGUAUGAACAAGAAUACAAACAGCAUCAUAACUGAAAAUGAGAGUUUGAUUCAUGAUGUUUGCUCUGGCGACAAUUGCUCCAGCGACAAUUGCUCCAUUGUAAAUUCCACACACUAAUGGAAUGACCAACUUCAUCCAUGUAUACCCUUUCCUAAACCUAAACCUAUCGUAAACCCUAUUGUAUUCGUGAUCCAAACCCUAUUAUCUUUGACGAAAUAAAGCCCGGAGCAAUCGUCGCCGGAGCAUAUGUCGUGUCACCGGAGAGUCAAUACGAUGGACAACACAUUUAAGAACACAGUAAAUGUAUUGAAAUGCCCAUCAAAUGACAAUGAACAGCUGGGAGGUCUUUGUUUGAAUUUGGGUGAGCAUGAACAGCAGUUUCGUCCCGUGUUUCAGAGCUGACGAAGAGUUGAAAAAUAUGUCUUUUGUCUUAGAUGAGUCUUAGAUGAAACUGCUGUUUUGAAUCACCAAUUUUGACAAAGACUUCUUGCUUGUUCAUUGUCAGGAAGAGCAUUUGACAGUACAUUUUCUAUGUUCCUGAUGCUGUCCUUCGUUGUGGAGUGAGAAUUCCCAACAAAUAUUGUCGAAAAGGAAGUGAGUACAACACUGGAUCAUGGGUACAUGUACAUGCAUG